AUGCACCAUGGUGUUAUUAAAGACAACAUUUUUUUCCCAGUUCCUGCAACAAUAGUUGAGAUACCAGAUUCACAAGAAAUUGAGAUAUCUAGUUCUCCAGUGUUUACAUGUCGUGGACAUGGUAAACCAUUGCCAGCAGUGACAUGGCAGACAAUUAACGGAGACCCUAUUUCUGAGUCUAAUACUGAGAUCAUAGAGGAUGGUUAUUUUAUGAAUAGUACACUGACAUUCAACAGUGUAGAUAGAAAUGACAAUGGUAUAUAUCAAUGUGUGGUGAAUAAUGGAUAUGGUGAUGUGAUUGAAGACUUUAAUCUCACUGUCUUAGAGGUACCAGAUCAAGUGACAAUUAUAAUUUUUAAAGCCACAAAUGCUGAGAUACUUGAAUUGACAUGGGAAGUGAUUUAUGAUGGUAACAGUGACAUCAUACAAUGCGGUGUUGAAUAUAUGGAAUUAGAUGAUCAACAACAACCAGUGACUGAAUGGAUGACUUACGGAACUGUUACUGAAAUUGAGAUACAGUAUACAAUUCAACUAGAAAACUUAGCCGCAUAUACCUACUACAAGGCUAGAAUUAAUUGUACAAAUUCUCAGGGAUCAAGUGUACCAACAGAGACUGUUAUAGUAAGAACAAAAGAGUCUAGUUCUGAUCCACCAAGGAAUGUAACAUUGGUAGCCAAUUCUGAAAGUGAUAUCACUGUCAUUUGGUCAGUUCCAGUAAAAUUGAAUGGAGAAUUAGAUUAUUACAUAGUUUAUUACUCAAUUAGUAGUGGUGGCAACACUAUGGAAAAACAAACCAAUGGUAUCGAACAGACCAUAAUUCUUACUGGUUUGGAGGCAUAUACUGAAUAUGAAAUCUGGGUGGCAGCUGUCAAUACUGUAGGCGAUCAAAGUGAAAAUUCAGAUAAGAAGAUUACUCGAACAUUAGAGGGAGUUCCAUACAAAACAAGGAUAUCCAGUUUUCAUAAUACAUCAGAUAGUGCAUUGACUAUUGAAUGGGACCCACCGAUUAAUCCACGUGGUGUAACAACAAGAUAUGAACUUUAUCUAUUUCUAAACUAUGGUGCAUCAACUGUAAAAACUCACACUGAACCUGCCAAACAAUCGGACCAGACUUAUACUUACCUGUUUACUGAUUUGUUAACAAAUACUGAAUACAUUGUUGAAAUAAAGGUUUGCAAUGGAAGAAGAUGCAGUCUUACAGAUGAAAAGAGUGCUAAGACCAGUGAGGGAAUUCCAUCACCUCCUCUACUAGUUACUACUCAAGAAGAUAUAAACAAUAAAAUCUGUACAAUUUGUUGGACCGAGCCAUCAUCACCAAAUGGCGUAUUGAUUUAUUAUAGAGUUAAUUAUUCAGUACAUGCAUUAAGCCCAUAUGAAGGAGUUGAUGGACAUGUAGCUAUGGAAGAUUCAAAAGGUUCAUGGUUGGUGUAUGACAACACAUGCUAUGAAUACCAAGAACUUCAAACAUACUCAAAGUAUGUCAUAAGUGUACAAGCUGCUACAUAUGCUGGAGAAAGUGAACCCAGUCAGCCACCAGCCUACUGUCAAAACAGUGAAAGAAGCGAACCACCAAUAUCACAAGCUCCAGUCAUAGUCGAUGACAAAUCACAGACACAAUUUUUGAUGUUUCAUAAACAAUUUUCUGAAAGAAAUGGACCAAUCAGCUGUUAUGAGAUUAUUGUUAUACGUAUACCAAUCAAAAAAGAAACCGGAUCACUGGUAUUCGACACAUCAGUUUCUCCCGAUAGAAUAUAUGAAUCAAUAGAAUUGAACUCGUAUGAGGACGUCAGUGGUAUUCCAGGACAAGCAUAUGUAGCAGUAAGGAUGACAAGAAACAGUUUCCAAGAAGAAAUAUUUAUUGGUGAUGGUAGAUUGACAGAGUGUACCCAGCAUUCCAAUCUCCCUGUAAAACGUGAUAUUGGUCAGUAUUCAUAUGAGGGAGAGGUUUAUAAUGGAGAAUUGGAACCUGAAACAUGGUAUACAGUUUUUGUUCGAGCUUAUGUUGAUAAUCCAAAUGUGGAUGGACAGGUUUUCUUCACUUCAAGUCCAUUCAUGGAACCUAUUCAGACAGGCGACGGCGGAAAAAACCUAGAGGUAAACACAAAUGAUUAG